GAGAUGUGUGGGCGGGGCGAUGGGCGGGGACGGCGCUCUACACGCGGCGGCGGCGACGGCGGCGGCACUCUGACAGUACAGUCCGCGACGCCACAUACAACACAGCACGUCAUGUACUCGCUGUGGUUCCUACGCGAUACUCCAGACGUGCUGAUAGUGGUGGGCUCUGGUCGAUCAGUACAUCAGUUCGCCGGACACCGCACUCUCCUGGCGUCUCACAGCGGCUACCUCAAGUCGCAACUGACGCCCGAUACCCACCAGGUGACGGUGCCCAACGUAUCUCCCGAGGUCUUCGCCCCACUUCUCACCUUCAUGUACACAGGCUACCUCGACCUGACUCCAGAGAACAUCUACGCCGUGUUGCUAGCCACACAUCUGCUGCACAUGCCUAGAGCAUCGGACCUCUGUCGCGCCUACUUGGUACAGAGCCAACAGACACAUCCUCCGACACUCGUCAAGCCGGUGCCCAGUAGAAAGCCGCUGCACUCCAUUCUACCCGCCGCACCCUCAGGCCUCUACUGGGCGCCUCCAACGUUCCUGCCCGACACUCCAUUCAGACCUGUGUUCUCCGCACCCUCCGACACCGACCCUGCCGCUACCGAGUCCGCUCCUCCGACAUCGCGAGAGUCUCCUCCCGCCGUGCCAUCCACUUCCGGUCAACGUCCGCCCCCUCCGUCUCCUCCACCGUCGAGCCUCUCUCCAUGUCUCUCACAGGGAUCAGACGCCUCCGACCGAGUAACAGUCACAGUUUCCCCGGGCAAAUCGACCGCCAAGAACGACGGGAAAGUGAUCGUCGAUGUAGCGUGCUGCGACGGCCCCGUCAGGUUCCACAGGGUACUCAACCGGAACUAUCCCGGGCCAGAGGGAUCAGCUGACAACGACAAGGAGGGGAGGGUGUACACGUGUAGGUUCUGUGAUCAUACUUUCAAGAGCCAUUACUGUUACCAGAAGCACGCUCGAAGACAUCUAAACCCGGUACCGGCCAAGAGCAGCAAACCCAAGCCCGCCAAGCGCGAAGUGCGUCUGCUGGACAUGAACGUGCAGUACUACCCUUGUAAGACGUGUGGGUCCAAGUUCCCUAGCUACUACUUCGUCCACAAACACCGCAAGAUGUGUCAUCCCCAGGAGGAGACGUCGACAACUACUAGCCGCGCUUCCUCGGUAGCCGGACCCUCAGAUACCUCCGUGUCGACCGUCUGACACCACGACGCCUCGGACUCCGCCCCACCGGACUCCGCCCCACCGGCCUCCGCCCACGAAUCUGCCGACAACAGCGACUCGGAGACGUCUGAACUCACUGUGUGAACUACGGACAGUUACAACUUUACCUAGUGUAUACGUGUUUUAAAUUCUUAACGUCGACCGAUAUUAAAAACUUCUCUAUGUUGUAUUAUUUAGAAGUGUUAAAAAAAUAA